AUGAGUGAUCUCAAAGCCGCAAAAGAUGCUGCAAAGGCUGCUGCGCAGGCUGCAUGGAAAAAGCUGCGCCUGGUUAAUAACGAAUGGAGCAAUAAGUACUUUGCCAUCGCUAUCGGCGCAAUUAUGGUUCUCUUUGCUGUAUAUCACUGGUCAAGUGUAAUUCACUUUUACUAUGGUCGAAGGAGAAAUCAUCCUACAUUGACUCGGAAGUAUAGACAAGCUCGAUGUUUUCUUUCUAGCUCAACGAUGGGAUUAAGGACGGAUCGUUCUAUUCUAUAUAUCAUUUACUGGGCUAUCAACUUGAUUCUUGCUUUAACAAAUGUUGACCUUACGAAUAUCAAUUAUGUUGCUAAACGAUUUGGCUGGAUCUCAGUCGCAAACUUGGUGCUUUUGGUCUUCUUGGCCUUGAAGAACACACCUCUCGCGCCCUUGACAGCCACAUCCUACGAAAAGCUUCGCCCACUACACAAGGCUGCCGGUUACACUUGCAUAUUCACAAGUGUCUUACAUGGCAUAGUGUACCUAGCUGCGUGGGCUAAAAGUGGCGACCUAUACGAAAUGGAAGAAACAAAGAACUUUGCCGGCGCCAUCGCAGGACUUGCCAUGGUAAUCAUUGGCUUUUCAACUAUCACAUACUUCAUGCGAGGGUAUUAUGAACUCUUCUAUAUGCUACACAUAUUGAUGUUCAUUUUGAUUAUGAUCACAGUCGGAAUGCACCGUCCGAAAUUCAAGACCUCGUCGGUGAUAAUCGUGGUUUUCACUGCCUCGCUUUGGGCCAUGGACCGCAUCAUCCGCGGCGCAAAGAUAGUCUGGAACUUUUUCGGAAAUUCCCUCACUGUCACAGCUUUGCCUAACAACGCCCUUCGGGUGAAACUCAGCCGUCGCAUGCACUGCCGUCCAGGUUCCCAUGCAUUUUUAUGGGUUCCUGCCAUCCGCUGGAUUGAAAGCCAUCCGUUCACCCUAGUAUCUUCGAAUCCCUCCGAGUUCGUUAUUCGAGUGUACGAUGGCUUUACCCGGGAUUUAUAUAAAGCUGCCCAGGAGUCACCUGGGAGAUCUCUACGCUGUUCUGUGGACGGUGCAUAUGGUCAAGUCCCUAACUUCAAAGUGUUUGAAAAGGUUGUUCUUGUCGCCGGUGGCAGCGGUGCUAGCUUCACAUUUGCUAUUGCACUAGACCUGAUCGCGACGUCUGACAAGGCAGUGAAGUCGAUUGGUUUUAUUUGGGUAGUGAGACAUCAAGAGAGUCUCGAGUGGUAUGCCCAGGAGCUCAAACAACUUCAGUCCCAUCCAGAAGUGAAUUUGUUCAUUCACGUCACCCGUCAGGCUGGCCUGUCCGGCACAUCGCCAUCCACAUCCCCAGGUUCUUCAUCAGAAAAAGUAUCUGAAAAGAACGAUGUAAUCCAAACAGACGAUUCUCCAGUCUUUUCAACAAAUGACCCUGAGAAAGGCGCUGGGCAACAGUCCACGGACAAUACAUCUUCCAUCAACGCGAUCUUGCCAGGGCGCCCGGAUAUUGGCAACUUGAUCGCAGCCGCAGCCGCGGCCGCUGGAAGCGACACAUUAGAUGACCGCAUCAUUGUUGGUGCUUGUGGUCCCAGCGAGCUUCUGAGUAUGACAAGGAAGGCUGUUAACAAUGAGUUGCAUAAUGACGGAUUAUCGAUAACACUAUACACCGAGGAAUUUGAAUGGUGA